AUGUUAAAACUUUUGCUGUCAUUGGCUAUUGUGUGCCUGCUUAUGGCUCACAUACAAGGCAAUCCCGAUGAAGCUAACAGGCGUCACAAAAUCUGCAUUCGCACCUAUGAUAAGUGCAUUGAAAAUGAAGCUAGUUUGGGAAAACAGGACGAUACCUCCAAGUUCUUUAACGACUACUGUCGCCGUUCGGAUUCUGUCUGGUCAGAUGUAAGCCGUUGUGAUCUUCUGCGAAUAGCCUGUUUAUCUACUGUGCGCGAUUGCGAAACACCGACUUGCAAGAAUGUUGCCCACCGAAUGCGUCUUUGGUGA